GUAACACUGACCUUCCAUACAGGCCACGGACAGACGGCUCUCUACCUCGACCCCACCAAGGUCACGAAGUACGUCACACUCGAGCCAAACACCUUAAUGCACCCCAAGAUUCGCAUCACCGCAGCCAAGAACGGGUUCACGGAAGAGACCGGCACGCUCCUCAUCCUCCCAUAUGGCGCCGAGAAAAUCUCCCUUAUCACGUCCGCUCUCGGGGGCGCACAUGCCGUCGACACUCUCGUCUCAAUCUUCUCGCUCUGCUCCAUACCCGAUCCCGAGCAGACCCUGACCGCGUUUGUCAACGACGUGCUCAAGCCUGGGGGGACGCUGCUGUUCUACGAACAUGUUUUGAGUCCAAGGGAGGAUGUCGCGAGAUGGCAGCGAUUCUGGACCCCCGUAUGGGUCUAUAUCAUGGACGGGUGCCGUAUGGACCGCCCUACGCAUUUGUGGAUCGAGAAUAUGGACGCAUGGGCAGAGGGAAGCGUGUGGGGGAAGGACGAUGAGCCUGAAGAACAUCUGUUCUGGCGGCGGGCCGGACGGUUUGUGAAGAAGGAUGAUUGA